AUGGACACGACCAAUGCAAGGGGGAAAGCGGCUGUUGGGGGGACAAAGAUCUUCCAUUUUGCAGGUAGCAAUGCAACCGUGCGGCGGUGCAGCUGCUCAACCGUUGGUGACGACUUCCGAGAGCAGGGACACUCAAAAGGCAAGUGCCGUGGGAGGCAGAGUGCAGCGGUGGGCUCCAUCUGCUCUUUUUUCCGACUGGUGACGAAUGCAGAACGUACUGUAGUCCGCUGCUCAGGACCAUCGGACACGUAUCAAUGCUGUACGUCGUGUACACCUGGACACGUUGUCCAUGGCGAAAAGGUCGGUCCGUUCAGCAUGGGACAUCUGUCUUCUAGCUGUAAGACAAGUUCUCGAAUUCUAGCCGUUUGA